AUGGUUACUGAAUUUCCUGCUCCUAAAGAUUCCACAAAGCACAGUUAAGAAGACUCACCUUCGGAAGAUGUCACCAGUUCCAGAUCAUCAUAGCUUUCACACAUCCGUCUGACAACGUCAAUCUGUUCCAGGGUGAGGCGCACUGCAUCUUUCUUCUGAGCACUGCAGAGAAUAUACACUGACCAAAACUGAAAGAAAUGUUGGCAAUGAUGCUGGAGACAUAGGAAUCCUGCUGAGAGCCCCCCGAGACCCCAGACGACUACAUCCCUGUACCUAACAAAGGAAACCAAGCCUGGUAUAGGAUAAACCAGAAAAGAGAGGAGGAAAGACCCACUUCAAGAAAUCAUAUCCAUUUAUUUGCUGGCAAAGUUUACUUGUCACCACAAACAUACACAGUGCUGAGUGUCUCUAGAUGGAGGUAGAUGGAAUAUAGAGAGACCAGCAGGGUGGUGCCAAAGCAUUCUCGUCAUGUUCUGUUUGAAUGUGUUCUUUGAAUUCUGAAAAAAAAGAAGAGGGCAAGAGGGAGCAUGAUUGUACAAAUAAUCAGCCCAAGGAAGCUGUAGACAGUGCCGAUUGGUUUAUUGCAUAUUGUGGAAACCAAAAAAGAGAACUAUAUAUCAUGGGGGUGCUCUGUGGUGCAGCAAGGCAGGUCCAUAGUGCAUGACUUCAAACACUUCUCAGAAUCCUCUGCAAAUGCAGAAAUGUUCUGCAGCAGAAGCACAGAGGUCCUGUAGCACAGUGAUUCCCAACCUUUAUGAGUAUAGGACCCCUUUAUAAGCUCAAAAAAUUUCAUGACCCCCUGCCCCCAGGGAGGAAGGAGGAAAGCAGCCUUUCCUUGCAGCCUUGCUUCUUUUUGCUUCAAAAAAAGCCUUCUCUUCUCGUUCUAAGGGCCUUGUCAGCAGCGGCAGUGCAAGGAGACAGGAGUCGGUGAUAGUAAUCCCCUCUUCUUCCGGUAUCUCCACCCUCUUGGAUUCUUUUAUUUGUGUUCCAGAAAGAAGAGUUAGAGCCCUCCAGCUGGCUAGGCUUGCCUACCUUUACCUGUGCUGUUCUCUACCUAACUUCCUUCCAUUGUAAACUGAUAUGCUCAGGGAAGCUGACCUGCCCCCCCUCCUUUAUCUUCUUCUUUGACUGUCCAAGGAGAGAGGAGACAUUGUCUGGGCAUUGUGCCUCCAACUUAGAUAGUUAGAACUAGUUUUGGACAGUACAACCGCUCUGUGGUACUCAGAACAAAGAUGCAGUGCACCUGGCCCUGGAGCAGAUCGAUGUGAUUAAGCGGAUGUGUCAAAGCUAUGAUGAACUGGAACUGGUGACAUCUUCACAGGGGCAGAAGCAUUGUGGGCAAAAAAAAGAGACCUCUUACCCAGAAGUUGAUGGAUUAAGUACCUUUGGUAAAGAAGUGAUGAAGGAGAUGAAUCGGCUGGGAAUGAUAAUAGACUUAGCUCACACGUCUGAAACAACGGCAGCGGCUGCUCUCAGCAUCUCUAAAGCACCCGUUGUUUUCAGCCAUUCAGCAGCCUUCUCAAUCUGCAACAACUCAAGGAACGUCCCUGAUCAUAUUUUACAGCAUCUGAAAGAAAACAAUGGAAUUGUGAUGCUGACAUUCAACAUUAGAACUCUGGCUUGUGGCAGUACUUCAGCUGAUGUUUCAACUGUUGCCGAUCACUUUGACUUCAUGAAGAGAAUAAUAGGCUCAGAAUAUAUAGGAAUUGGUGCAAACCACGAUGGACAAAAUAUCCAUCCUAGAGGAAUGGAGGAUGUUUCCACAUAUCCAGUCUUGAUUGAGGAGCUGCUGAGGAGAGACUGGACAGAGGAAGAACUGAAGGGUGUUUUGAGAGAGAACUUUCUGCAUGUUUUCCGGGAGGUGAAAAAAGUGUGGAGUGACAGCGUUUCUGAGAAAGCAAGCGAGUUAGCCAUUUCCCCGGAAGAGGUAAAGCAUCCUUGCCACGUAGAGUUGAAGCCCCCUCCUGGAGCUGGCGGUUAGUUACUGUCUUCUU